UUUUUCAUCAUCAGCUGUUCUUCCAUCCUUUCAGGUCUAAAGAGUGAGCUUGUGGAACGACUUUAUCAACACCUGCUUGCCCAGGAAGAGGCUGCCAAUAUGGAAGAGGACAAAGAUGGGGAAAUGGAUGAGGGAGGCCAAGAGGGAGACCACGCAGACCAGCUGGGGCAAGCAGAGAACAGAGAACUGGAGGAGCAGCAGCAGGAGGAGGACAUGGUGGUGGAGGAAGAGGAGGAGGAAGAGGGGCAUGAGAUACACCAGCAGGAGCAACAGCAGGAGCUAAAGCAGCAAGCUCAGCCACCACAGCAAGAGCAAGGGGAACCACCUCAGGAUCAGAAUGAACUCCUUAGGAAGGCAAGGGAACAAGAAGAGAUGUUAGCCCGUCAGAGACAGUUGGAGGAAGAACGACUGAUGCAGCAGAAGGUCAGGGAGCAACAGCGGCUUUUAGAACAGCAGCAGCAACAGAAACAGCAGGAAGACCUGUACCGUCUUCAAGAAGCAGCUCUGAAGGAAAAGCAGAGGGAAGAACACGAGAAACAAGUGCAGCUGCUAAGGCUGCAGAGGGAGGCUCUGAAACAGAAGGAAGAAGAACAUAAAAUACCAGCUGCACCAGCAGGUGCUCCAGGCAUUACGGCCCCAAUCCCACGGGCAUCUGCACCUGCACCUGUAACUCCAGUACCACCAGGGGUUGGCACAGUUCCAGUUCUGGGGCCUCCUGGUGUUAAGGCUUCAGUGGUUGUGCCACCACCUGCAACAUCAUUCACCCACAUCCUCAAGGACCAAUCAAUGUUGGCGGUCCUGCUGGAUUCACAGGCCCAGCCCCCAUCCCAAGUGCUGGUCUCUUGGGCCCUGCACCAGGGUCUGUGCCCAAGUCCACACCCUCACCACAGCAGCCACCUCUCAGGCCUCCACUUCUUCAAACAGCUACAACUCGAGCACCAACCUCCAUUGCAGCACAGCGUCCGCCUAUGCCUAUGGCAAACACUUCACCCAGACCUCCGGGUGCAGGGCUGUUAGGUGCUGCUCCUCCUACUAUGGGGCCCCCUGGUGAAAACCAAGACAAGAACGAGAAGCCGCCUCCACUUAUGUCCCUGCAUGUAACAGCUCCCAAAGAAGAGACUCCUCGUGAGGUGAAGCUACCACAGGCCUUGGAGCAGGCCCUGGCCUUCAAGACAGAACGUGCCAAGCAGGU